ACUACUCACCGUUGAAAGGCUACAGCUCUGCAUGUUUGUUACGGCGAUGACGACCAGCAGGGUAAAGGCAAGUAGCAUCGCCACUAGCUCUGCCUACUAAUCAUGACGACGCCAAAUCCCAAAUCCUUCUCGGUUGUACCCCAAGAAUGAAGGUAGUCGCAACGAUGAUGAGCGCCCCGUCACUCUAUUUCAAGACAGCUGCUAAGUUUGAGGCCGAGAUUACUCAGCUGUCUAUUAAGGAACGCGAUUCCAGGGUGGUUAUGUGCAACGCUUUCAUCGCCAUGAGGAAGCCCACACCUGACGAGCAAGCACUUUGGGCCGCUCCAAACUUCGAUAACCCAGACAAUCUUCACGCACCAGUCAUUGGAGUGACUGUAGCUACUUUUCUCAUGGCCCUUCUGUUCUUGUGCACGCGAAUCUUAAGCAAGAAAUUGUUGCGGCAAACACUCGAAGCAGACGACUACCUGAUGCUUGCUGCAAUGGUAAGAUGGAGGGCGUGGAAUUCUGAGGUCCACGCUAAGUUCUUCUUCCAGACUGUAGCUGUGCCUGUGUCAGUCUUCCCUCUCGUAUGUCUCAAUCUCGGUCUAGGUAUACACGUAUGGGAUCAGAAGCCGGAGUGGGCCAUCAGCUACGCAAAGCUAGGCUUCGCGUCCGACAUACUGUUUCCGAUAGCGUGCUCGUUCACCAAGGCCUCGCAGUGCCUUUCUUACUUGCGACUCUUCCCCGGACGCUCGAACGAGAUCUUCUGUAAUAUGAUGAUCACUUUCAUUACAACCUACACUUUCGUUUGCAUCUUCAUAGCCCUGCUACAGUGCCGUCCUAUACGGGCCCAUUGGAACCCAGAGACCGGCUUGGAAUGCAUAAAUACGCGCGCUACACUCGCCGUAGUAGCCGCAAUAAACAGCUUUAGCGACCUUGUGAUCUACCUGCGACCUAUAAACCCAUUAUUAGUUAGGAAGAUGCCAACCAGACAGCGGUACGGACUGGUAUCUCUUCUUGCUGUGAGCUUGCUCCCAUGUACAGCUGGACUUCUUCGCCUCUACUACGUGGAAGUAUUUUACAAUUCUGUUGACGAGCUAUGGGAUGCAAGCAUCAUCUGGGCCUUAAUGAUGACCGAGAUGAAUCUCGGCGUAGUCUGCAGUUGCCUUUUUGGCAUCAAACCUGUCCUUUCCAUGCUCUUUCCCAAUGUCUUCGCCACCUCUUACCCUUCCGAACACCGCACUAUACCACCACGUGUCCAUGGGCGGGAAAGCAAUCACCGUGCAUCGCAACGCUCCAUCCACACGUACUCCCUUGAGGACCUCUCCGGCGACCUGCACAACACGCCCUCGGGCGAGGCAGAUACUUUCGAGGCUCUCUGGACACCGGAAGGCACGGUCUCAAAUUACGCAAGCGCAAGUUCGAGUGGCAGAAAGCGCGGUGAGCUGUUGACUGCCGGGGUCAUUACUGUGCAUACAGAGUUCACUGUACAAGAGGAGAUCACACCUUGUCAGUCGCCAAUCAGCGGGUUCGACAGAAAACCGCAUUUCAAGGAUUUUGGUAGUGAAGAUUGGAAGUUGGAUGAAGUUUGCUUGGAAAACUAGCUGGUUGAGUCGCUGUAUGAUGGUUCCUCACAAGACUUUGCAACUAAUCUUCAGAAAGCUGCCUAUGCGCAACCUUUUGAGGUGCCAAAAGCUUGACCUUUAUCUACACCUUCACGUUCCGUUCACUAUCAUCGUCUUAGAAUAGAACCUUUUCCCUGCUUCUAGUGUGCAUUUCAAGUAGCCUCAUAUCAUACAUUCCCUACUGGAUAUUGUGGUUGAUCUUUGUGGCUGCUCGUUAGAGUUACCUCUUGUGGCUACUGCUUUCUUUAGGCUCGAUCUUAUCCUGAGCACCUACGAUUUCCUGCACCGACACGCGAG